AAUCAUAAGUUAAGUUAGUGAUUUUGCCGAUAUUACUCUGUACGUGAUAUUUGGACAGCGCCUUUUUCAUUUCUGCGUUACCCUCUCUUCUCAUUUCAUGGUACGUAUAUAGAUUGUAUUCAUACGUCCCGCCAUUUAGAAAAUGGACGCCGCCAUUGAUCUCUCCGAUGUUUCAAAGGCCCUGGACUUGGCUAACAUUCGCUUUCAACUGAUCCGUCUAGAAGAUACGAUCAUAUUUCAUUUAAUCGAGCGCGUCCAGUUUCCCCUAAACCACACCAUCUACGUCCCUGGCGCCGUCAAGAUCCCUGACUGCGAUCUAAGCUUACUCGACUGGACACUCCGCGAGCAAGAACGCCUGCAGUCCCGCAUCCGACGAUUCCAGUCUCCAGAUGAAUACCCAUACUUCCCCGAUGCCCUCGAGGAGCCAAUUCUUCCACCACUCCACUAUCCAAAGAUCCUCCACCCCAAUGAUGUCAACGUCAACGACAAGAUAAAGGACAGCUACAUCAACCACUGUCUCCCUGCUGCAUGCAUAGACUUUGGAAGAGACGAACGUGGCGAGGCACAAGAAAACUACGGAUCAUCGGCCACAUGUGACAUAGCUUGCCUUCAAUCGCUGUCGCGCAGGAUACACUUCGGGAAGUUCGUGGCAGAAUCCAAGUUCAGGACGGAGACGGAGAAAUUCACAGCGUUGAUCAAAGCAGAGGACAGAGAGGGAAUCGAUAAGGCUAUCACGAACAGUGCCGUGGAGCGCCAGGUGCUGGCACGCUUAGCGUUGAAGGCAAAGACAUACGGUACAGAUCCUAGCCUGGGAUCUCCAGGCCAGCCAGGCCUGGCUAAGAUUGAUAUCGAUGCUGUCGUCAGCAUCUACGAGAAGUUCGUCAUCCCCUUGACCAAGAUUGUUGAGGUGGAGUACUUGAUGCAGAGGUUAGAGGGCCCGGAUAUCAUUUAGAGCUAGAUGGCAGAUUUAAAAUAGAAAAUAGAGAUAG